UUAAGCUUAAUAGGCUUCUCUUGUCUGCCGCACUCGACAUGUCUUGAGCACGAAUGUAGCCCUCAACUUUGGGAAUUUUCUCGGACUAUGGACAUAAUUUGUUACCUGCUAGUUAUAGUUUUGGUUAACAUUCAGGGGUAUGAACCUUUUUCUCAGUGUUUACGCGGGUGCAGCUGUGUAGAAGACCGUCAUGGAAGGUCGCUGGUAUGUAUGGAGGAGAGUGCGUUUGGGGCCAUACCACAGGACCUUCCAGAUGAUAUGACCAAAAUACGCAUAGAAAAAUCUCACUUCACUGAAAUCCCUAGAGGGGCAUUCUCACAGACGCCCGCCUUGGAGAAUUUAUGGCUGAACUUCAAUGAUAUCACAGUGAUAAACUCAAAUGGUCUGGAGGGUUUGGGGAAUUUAACCGAGCUCCGUCUGCAAGGGAACAAGCUGAGUUCAGUACCAUGGACAGCGUUCGAGGACACGCCGGCACUAAAGAUCCUGGACCUGAAGCACAACCAGCUGGACGUCCUGCCGGAGCAUGCGUUAAAAUUUUUGCCAGGUCUGACUUACUUAGACUUAUCCUUCAAUCGGCUUACGGUCAUAUCGAAGGAGGUUUUCCAAAACUGGCCUCUCUACCAAAAACUGCAGAGCGCGGAGGAGCGGGAGGCGACCGCUUUCGGGCCGAACGUCGUCCUGGCGCUCCACGACAACGACUGGCUCUGCGACUGUCGCCUGAAGGGCUUCGUGGAGUUCAUCAAGUCCCUAAGUCCUCCGAUUAUACUGAUGAACUCUUACUUGACCUGCUCAGGGCCGGACUUUAGGACGGGCAAGUUCUUCCACGAGGUAGAGCUGCAGGCAUGCGUGAAGCCCGUGGUCACUACCCUGUCCUCCAACAUCAGCCUGCCCCAGGGCGCAAACCUCACCCUGCGCUGCCUUGCCAAGGCCAGGCCAGACCCCGCAGUGUGGUGGACAUAUGGUCUGAAGAUAAUCAGAGGAUUUCAUGAGUCUCAGGAAAGAGUGGACGAAGACACGAUCAGAUCCCUGCUGGUGAUCCCCUCCCUCCAUGCAUCUGACCAUGGUGUCUACACUUGCUCUGCUAUCAACUUUAUAGGAAACACCUCUGUCAACAUCUUCCUGGAUGUCCGCUCUCCUGGCGGCUCCCAGCCAUCACUCCCGGCUCCACCUGUUCCUGUUAAUGAAAAUGUCUACAUUGACAUCCGCAUCGCCAAACAGACAGUACGCGGCAUCUCUAUUGAGUGGUACGCCACCUUGGACCGCCCAUCUGAAACCUGGUUCACCAUCCACUUUGGCCGGGCAGAUUCCGAUAAGAAAGAAAUGAUCUACAUCGGCCCUGGGAUUCACUCUUACUCCGUCUCUGACCUGAUGCCUGCUACCAAAUAUGAAAUCUGUGUGACCCUUAAGAACCAGGCGCCACGUCCUGGACAGUGCAUUGUGUUUGUAACAGGAAGUGACGUUACUGAGAUGGAACAGAGGGAGAAGCUGAUCCAUAUAGUGGUGAUAGUUUUAGCCAUGGUGCUUGCUGUGCCUAUAGGUAUGUAUGCCUGCACCACUGACAGUAAGUUUGCCUGCCUGGAGGGUAUCAUGGAGUCCUGGAAGAACCGACGGAGAGAAAGCAGCUCGUCGGGGAUGGAACGGGAGAGGCAAGGCACCUUCGACAGCCUGCAGGCCGCCAGCGACGAGGACCUGGUUAAUAAAAAUUCCAGGGAAGACAGGAAGGCCGAGGAGGUUGUUGCAAACAUGUGAAUGAUGACCGUUAUGUCAAGAGUGUAAUUCAAGGAUUUUCACCACUGUAGAGAAUGUGAGGUUGUGCAGUUUGUUUCUCUCUGAAAUAUGACAUGUUUGUCUUGCUAUCAUGAUGUAUUUCAAUGUCAGUUAUCACAAUUUUUGAAUUGCUGCUUGAAAUGAAGCCUUUGUGAUUUAUUUAAAUGGAGGAGUGCUCAAAAUUACUGCUGAAGAGUCCCUUUUUAAAAUGUCUCUCAGUAGUGGGUGCUUCCUUUAUCGUCUGCUUUAUCUUUAUGUGAUUCUGUGUUAGCACUUUUAUUAUUGUUUUAUUUAUGUAUUUAUGUAUUUAUCAGACUAAUAUCCUUUUGGUGGACCUUUUUGGUUCACAUAUUUUUACUCUCACUUUCACCUUAAAUCAGAUGGUGAUUCUGUUAAAUAGUUAAGUGAUUGUACACAGUGUCACUAGACAAUGUCUUGAUUAAAUUUAGUUUGAUGAAAUUAAACUAGUAUAAAGUCUGCUACUAUAUGUUUAGUUUUUUUUUAUUGAUCUUUAAAAGUACAAUAAGAUAUACACAUUAUGAAAUCAUUCAAUUCAAGCUUUUAAUUUAAAUUAAAUUGUGCAUUGAUGUGUGUCUGUAUGUGGGUGUGGGUGUGUGUGUGUGGUCAUACCUUGUGUUAUGUGACAUUUGUCCUUGGCAUAGUCCUUUUAAAGCAGCAUUAUGAGUGACAAAACCUUAAUUUCUUGUCUCUUUUAUGUCGUUCUGUUACCAGAUAACACAUACUAAAAUUACUGAUUUAAUAAACUGUAUUUUAUGUAAA